UCCGUGAAGAGCCCCGCAUGGGGUGGUGGUGGUGGACUGUGGUAGCACGACGAGAGCUUUGACGCACGCCUCACAGUCUCACUUCCCCUCCUCUCCGCAUUUCGUUUUUCACCUCGCACUGGCCAUGCGCGAAUAGAGCAAUAAUCGCCAUCAGCUGCCGGUCCGGCGGAGUAAUGUCACAUCGCCGCCACCACCACCACCCACCACCAUGCAUCACCACCACCACCUCCAUCACCACCACCACCACCACCACUCUACCACCACCACCGCCGCUACCACCACCCACCACCCUACCACCACCACCGCCGCUACCACCACCCACCACCCACCAUCAUCAUCACCACCACCACUUCCUCAUCUUUCUCCUCCACCACCACCCACCACCACAACCACCACAACCAUUACCCUCCAUCCACUAUGCACCAACGGCCCGUUGUUUUCACCGUGCUCACUGUACGCGUCUUACACACCAGAGUUGCUACUACGUGACCCCGUCCACUUUCCCUUCCCUCCCCGUCCCCCCUCCGCCAUCUCACUCUCCUCACGCCUCCCACUGCCCCCGGCCCACAUGUGUCGUCGUCCGGUCCCUCAUCAAAAAAGCGUCAUGUCCAGUACUUCCGCAGCCAAACAGCGGGUACGGAGGGAACCAUGUACCUACUUUGCCCACCGGGACGGCGGUUGCCUCGAGAACUGCCACUCUCGCCUUCUCCCCUCUCCCGCCCUCCGCAGGGAUCUGUGACGUACGCGCAUGAUUAUUGGGGGGGUGCUGUACUCUGUAGCCGCCAUCGUUGAUUGGCUGUCGUUAUCCGGCCCCAAAACUCCCCAGUGUCGCCGUGCUCGCUCAAACAAUCCGUCAUGUUCGAGCGCACAGUCAGGCCGGCAGAGUCUCUCGUUCUUAAACGACUUCCCACCUCUCCAACACGCGCAGUACCCUCAAGAAAAAACACUGCGCACGCUCCCGCACUCCCCCCAGUGUCUGAUCCCCUAUUGUGCUGUCGCUCCCCACCCCCCAUCCCCCACCCCCCAUCCCCCAUCCCCCAAGCUUUCUGCGGCUUUUUCCAGGGGUAGGAUGUGUUCUGUGGUUCUAUGUCCGGCGCAACAUCGAUAAACCCAACCUAUCGUAUCUCCCUCUCGUAUC